AUGGCCUGGGCCACUUGGUCCAAAUACCUCUGGAAGGCCGCAAAGUGGACCCUCUGGACUCUCCUUGGACUCUUCUCAUUAUACCUCCUCCACCAAUUCUUCCUACCCAUCGUCGCCUUCGUCUUCCCCACCUUGGACCCUCAACUCUUCGAUCUCGGCGUCUUCGGCGCAUACCCCACACAACAUUACUCCUCCUUCCACCUCCAAGGGCCUCUUGCCCGGCGGCCAAUAUGGGAUGCGACGUGCGACCAAGGGCUGGUCCUCCUCAAUCCCAAUGGUCCCUCGGUCGAUCAGCCCGGUCCGAUGAUUUUGAACGGAAUGGGCGAUUUAAUCUGGUCAAACGAUGAUUUUGGUGAAACGGCCAAUCUUAAAGUGCAGCGUUGGCAAGGGAAGGAUUAUCUCACGAUGUGGUCGGGUGAGAAGGCUGCCACGUCGGGAAAGGGCGUCUACUUCAUGCUGGAUGAGACAUAUGAAGUCGUGAAGAUGGUUACUGCUGCUGGCGAGGGAUUGUUCGGCGACUUGCAUGAAUUCAAAAUCACACCAGAAGGGACUGGACUACUAACAGUGUACAACACGACCUCCGCGGAUCUCACUGGAAUGGGUAUGUGGAGAGGUGCCGACGGAUGGAUCGUCGACAACAUGUUCCAAGAAAUCAACCUCGAGACUGGCGAACUCAUCUUCCAGUGGAAAGCCUCGGAUCACUUCAAACCGAUUGAAACUUACAUGACGAAUCCAUUCGGAGGUUAUUCCGAAGGCAUCCCAUUCGACUGGUAUCAUCUCAACAGUAUCGACAAGGACUCCCAGGGCAACUACAUUAUCUCAUCACGGCAUUUCCACCAUGUCGUAUGCAUUAGCCCGACUGGGGAGACCCUGUGGAUUCUUGGCGGCCGCGACAACCAAUUCACAGACCUCUCCGACGGUGAAGCGACUAACUUCAAAUGGUCCCACGAUGCGAGAUGGUAUUCCGAAGAAGACGGUAUCCUUUCGCUCUUCGACAACCAAAAGGCUGGCCCACUCCACAUCGACGCCUCCAAUAGCCGUGGUCUGCUCAUCCAGCUCGAUAUCCCCAAUAAGACGGCAAAAGUCGUUCACCAGCUAGUCUCCCUUCAGGGUAUCCUCGCCUCCUCUCAAGGCUCCGUACAACGUCUUCCUUCCUCCGACCACAUUUUCGUCGGAUGGGGAGCCGCAGCCGCAUACUCCGAGUACACUGCAGAUGGUGAAUUGCUCUGCGAAACCCACCUCGGCGCCGCAGUCUACUACUCCUACGAACGCUUCAAGUCUUACCGUGCGACCAAGGUUCUCAACUGGGUCGGCACACCCAAGAACCCUCCCGACGUCGAGAUCGAAGACGACAUGCUCUACGUGAGCUGGAACGGCGCCACUGAAGUUGCAUUUUGGGCGCUGGAAAGCGAUCGCAAAGACGACCUACAGGACUCCGAUCUCCACUCCGGCAUUUCCACCGACAUCCGCUCCGAACGACUUUCGGGAGAAGAAGACGGAACUUUCGAGAUGAUCGACAUCAUCCCCAGAUCCGGCUUCGAAGGCUCCUUCCAACUUCCCACCACCUCCUCCCUCCAACCCGCACCUCGCUUCCGCGUCGCCGCACUGGACAAAGACCACAACGUCCUCCGUUUCUCUGCUCCCAUCACCUACGACUCCCCAGCCUCGUCUCACACAUGGAUGUUGCUGUUCAAACUCUUCCUCGUGGUCGGAUUUCUCUUCGGCGCAAGGAUUAUGUUCCGACAGGCGAGGGCGGCGGGAUGGUUGAAGGGUUGGAAAACGAGUGCAUCGACGCAAGGAAGGACGACAAAUCCAGCGUGGAUGGAGUGGAGGUUGGGUGAGGGAAGGAGGUGGAAAGGUGAGAGGGCGGUGGAGUGGGUGCAGAUGAAGUGGAUGGAUGUUACCGGAAGAGGACGAUGA